AUAGCCUGCAAAUUAACAUCGUGAUAGUAAUUGCUGGCGGCUAAAAGAUACUCAUAUCAGUCAUUCACAAUAAUAUCUUGUUUUUUAUCAUCGUAACUGGCUGAGGAGGCCGUUUGUGGUCCAUUAAUGAGCAUCUGACCGACAGCCUGCUACCAUCAUUUGUUUCCUCGAUCCUUUGGAACGAUGAAAAGCUAUCUUCCUCUCGAGCUGUGGAUAUUACUCGCUGAUCAGCGAUUACCAAAGAAGACUCUAACUACCUUAUGUUUGACAUCCAAGAAACUCAAUGAAGUUUUCAGACCUGCACUUUACCGUGAGAUUGUUUUACCAGAAUUUUCAGAUGUAUCUGGACAUCUGUCAAAUAAUGGACAAUUAUGGGGCAUCUCCCAACUUCCUGUUGAGACCCAUCUCCGUCACACACGUCGAUUAGACUCUGGUUUUGUCGUCUGGCGUACCCGGGCCACCCUUUCCAGGUGUUUAAACAGUAUGUCAAAUCUAGAAAGCUGUUCCAUUAGCACGAUUCCUGGCUUCGCAGCUUAUUUCCAUCUCAAUGAAAUCAGAGAUAUCUACAUCGAUCUAUGGAAGAAUUCACCCCACUUUCCGAGCUUUCAUGGGUGGCCAAAUCUUCCAGAUUUCAGAAACCUACAUAGUCUAGAUUUGAGAGGCCUGAAGGGUGACCUUGAGGUUCUGAGCACGAGUAUUGCCAAAAUUCUUUUCAACGAUGGUAUGCCUACCGUUACGGCACUCGGUCUCGAUUUAGACGACCUCCAGGGAGGCGAAACUACAAAUAACUUAUUCUUGGAUAUUUUUGCAGAAUUCGACAGAAGGAGACGAGCAAUUGGAAGGCCAGAUCUACGAUUGAACUUGCGAGAUCUCAUAUUGGGAAAAGGGAUGUACCAUCCGUCCGCUGGCAUGGACUAG